AUGAGCUAUCUCGAACAACUCAAUCUGAAGCUGAGCCAAAGGCAGCAACUUCGCAGCAUCCAUUCAUCCAGUGUUCGGCUUUGUAGAUACUGUAUACCGUCAAUGUUUUCUGUACUUGCAACACCUAUCGGCAGCGAAGUCUCAUCUGAAGGAUGUGACUUUUCAAUAUCUGACGUGUUCUUUAGUGAGUACGACUCAUCCUUGUGCUAUGUGAUUGCUGGAAAUCAAAAUCAUGGCCAUAUUGGAGUGAUUCUCAUAGAGAACGGUAAAGCCACAAUGAAUCUGAUGGACACAGAGUUUGACUGCCGCGUCUGCUCGUUCGUCUUGGUGCGAGAAGAUAUGGCGUUUGCUGGUCUAAUCUCAGGAUAUAUCAUAGCCUUACACCUUCAAGACGUCGAGGGUGUCUGUGGACAUAGACGGAACACGUGUCUUAUUAAUAGCGUCAGGGAAAUCGAUCACGAUUCUUUGCAGAUACAUAUUUUACCAGAUGCCCCACUACGGCUUCAUUGUGCUGAUGGGAGAUUGUUUGCUGCUCUUGCUAACGGGACGCUUACUGUAUUGGAGGUCAAGUUUUUUUUGUAUCACUACCCAGGCGAAGGAAUUGAAAUGUGUUGA